AGGGAAGAAUCGUAAAAGAAGACUCGUAUAUGGAUGAGUGAAUGGAGAGGCUCACAGCUUCUACUGGUAACCACCUUUGGAUCUGUAAAAAUUACAUCAGUGACAACAGCAACAACAACACAAAAGUGUCUGUAUCUGCUCUGCCACACAUGCAUUUCAAUGUGACCUCUCGGCAGCCUCCAGGCAGUCGGUCUGAUGGGAGAGCAUCCUGCAUGGAGCUUUUAGAGGCACUGACACCCCAGGCCACUUCAGUAAUGGAAGUAUCCAGAAACCACAGGGGUUCAGAAGCUAAUGAUCACCUUGACUUAAGGCCAAAUACUUGUCCUGCCAACAUGCUGCUUUCCAAUGCUCGGCAGCACCUGCAGUGUUAAACAACAAUGUGAGGUGCACAUUUUGCAGCUACACCAGGAGACAGCAGAUUUAACUGCUAAGUUGUAGUACUAGUGUCUGGUAUUAAACUUAUUUUAUCUCAUGCUGUUCAUUCAUAAUGUAUCCCCUCAGCAGACUCCGGUGCCUGUACAAUGCAACAUGUUAGGCUUACUAGACCUUUUAUAUCAGGAUGCUUGGAGGAAUUAUAUUUCGUUUUUUGAGAAAACCAUUGCCUUUGUGAGACAUUAUUUCAUUUCUGUGUAGUUUUUUUUUUGAGGGAAAAAUUGCACAUGAAUGGAGCUUACCACGGAGUGAUGUCUUGCUCUGCACAGAAAUGAAAUGCCUCACUAAGAUUACAUAAUAACUGAACAAAAGAGGGACUCCCUGAAGCAAGAGAAGCUUUGACUCCACAAUGCUUCAGACUUUUGUUAAUGCACUUUUUCUUUUCCUUUGACAGUUACGCAAUUACCUUUUUUUUUUACAGUAGCAUGUUAUGUCAUAGCAGUAUUUGAGAGCUUAGACAUGAAAUGAAGCAUUCUACAGGGAAUAAAGGGAGAAGUGGACAUUAUUACUCCGUGGUCGAGCAGCUGAAGUAAACAUAGAAAAGAUAUUGAAGAUAUCUGGUUAUGUAAAUUACUUAAUCCUUGCCAACUUUUGUUUUGAUGUUAUCAAAAAUUUCUGGUAUAUAAAAAUAAAUCAACAACCUUAAGAUUAAAUUAAGG